AUGCCUCCGCCUCGCGGCGGCGGUGGCAGCAGCAGCAGCAGCAACUACUAUGGCUACCUCUUCGAGCCCAACAAGACGCCAACCAAGGUUCUCGACGCCCUGCUGCGGGCCAUCGGACAGUAUAUCAUCGAUCAUGUUGGCGAGGAGAACGACCGUGUGCUGAAGCCUAGCAAGCUCGCCGCCUUCUACAAGGCCGUGGGAGGAGACUACGACAAACUCUUUCUCAACGCCCCCCACGAAUCUAUCUCGUACAUAUGGCAGGUCUUUGGCUGCCGUCACACCCUCGAGCCCACCGAGAAUGACUACGAACAGCCCUCCGUCCCUGCCCUGACCCUCAAGGGCUUCGUGCGCUGGGAGUCGAUCCAGAUUCUGCUCACCCCCGACGAGGAUGUGCCCUUGAUCCUCGCCGCCGUGAGGAAGUGGGAUCUCAAGAACCCCGACACCGGCGAGCCCUUCCCCAAGGACCUCUCCGCCUUGUCCUUCCCCUCCGAGCCCGACCCGGACAUCACUGCCUGGCAUGCGGCUUGCGGCGAAAAGCUGAGGGAGAUGGCCACGCCCAAGGAGGAGCAGUCGUCGACGUCGUCACCCAGACCUGCCUUCGCACCUGCGGCCGAUCGGGUCAACGCCGGCUUCUCACACGUCCCCGCCGGCUCGAGAGGCGCGACGGACUACUUCAGCCACCGCAGUGUCCCCUUCAGUCAUGUAAGCCCAGGCGACACUGGACGAUAUCCCAGAGGCGGCGGCGGCGCCCGGGUGCGUAUUGACCCCGACAUACCGGAGCGGAUGCGGCAUGGCGGCCUGUCGCCGGAUGAGAGGGCCCGCCGACGUUCCUUCUCUGACUAUCCCUCUCCCCACGAACCACAUUCCUCAGCGCACCUGAACCCUCCGAGACCCUCAGCAGCCCGGUGGCACUCCCACCCGCGCAGGCCGAGCACCGACGACUCCGACCUGGACGACGACAUCAGCCCGCGCACUGGCAGGCGGAGCUCUGAGCAGCACAGGACGCUACCUCACCGCAGCCCCAAGAUCAUCCCUCGAUACGUCGCUGUGCCCGCCACAGGCCCGCCGGACGGCGGCGCCAAGCUACGAACCGGGGACUACAAUCUUGGGGCACGCAGAAAGAGCGCGGGCUUCGACAGGGCCAAAGACUGGGCGAGCGAGAAGCUCUCUGGGAUCUUUCCCCUCGCCUCGCCCAUGGAGCGGCCGUCGCGCAAGAGCCCCGGCUCCAGCAGCGGCAAUGUGGCGGCCGGCGGGGCGAGCUCACGGGACAGUCUACGCCUGGGCCGUAGGUCGCACGACGAAGAUGAGGGCGAGACGGACUCGGGACAGGAGCGAGAGCAGCGCCACCGCCGAGCGAGGGACCGAAGGCGGCGCGAGCGGGAGUACGAGCGGGAUCGGGACCGAGACAGGGAGCAACAACACCAACAACCACGUGCGGCGCGGCGGGGAAGGGAUGACCUGCCGGACUGGGAGGACGCGGUCCGAGACAGACCACGAAGCAGGCGGGACGGCAAGCAGGAGGCCAGGUACCCGCACCGGCCGGACAUCAACCCGCGGCGGACGAGCAGCCACGCCGAUGUGGACAGGCUCGACAGGGAUAGGCAGCGGUACGAGAUGGACCCGCGAGACCGGUAUCCUGAUGAGAGGAGGCGACGCGGCGGGCCGCUGGAUGAGAGGCCGUCAGACAGGACGGCGAGUCCCGGCAUCAAGGGCGUUGGGGGAAGGAGAUAUCCUGCCGAAACACCCUGGACGCAGGACAGCCCGCCGUUGUGAUGAUGCUAUUACGAUCUAUUUUUUCUCCCCCUUCUUCACAUUUUCGAUCCUACUUCUUGUCCUGGUCUUUUACAUCUCUACUCUGGAGAAACAAGCGGGAAGAGGUUAGGUGAUUUUUAUAUGCUUACGGGAAGCAUGACGAGAUAGACAUAUGAGAUGCAGGACGACCACGACGCAAGGAACUGAACAUGAAAUCGCACUGCAACUGGGGUUCUAUUUGUUCUUUUUCUUUUUUAUUUCUUCCUUUCCCUAGUAGCGGAGCGAUUUAGCGGAGCGAUUCGAUAUAGCGUCUGGGAUGGAAAAUGUUUGCGAUGGCUUGAUGGAAUGGGUCAUGACUUUUUGUUGUUGUUACCUUCUUACGAGAAACGAUACCUUUGUAGAGAUGUCUUUGGGAUAUGGAGGACAAACGGGCUAGCUUACUGCUGCUGAUAUUGAUUUCUGGUCUACUAUUGCAUAAAUGAACGGGCGCCUGCAUGAGGCUGCUUCAAG